AACGCUUGUUUUAAAAUCUAAAUUCCACUAAAUUUACAUGACAUAGUAUUUGAGAAAUCAUCGACUCAAUAAAUCAUCGGUUAAACGUUAAAAAAAAAAAAAAAUUUAAACGCUGAACAGAAAAAAACAAACGGAACCGAAAAAAACGCUGACUCUGACUCGGAUUGACCGGGCUGCUUUCCGUAGUUCUCGGCUAGACGAUGGCGUCUAGUCUGGAUGUUCACGUCCGAAUAUGUGGACAAGAAAUCAUUAAAUACGAUUUAGAAAUUAAAGCUCUCAUUCAGGAUAUAGGGGAAUGUCCUGGACCACAAAGCGAGCUCGCGGAUUUAAACUCUGAAGUAAAGGAGAAAUUCCGUCAUCUGAGAUUGCGGAUUCAGGUGAGCGUCCAGGCGCAUCGUUUCUCAGGGACGAUGGGAUAUUCGUCCUGUAUUUUAGUAGGCUUGGUUUGGAGUUAUUACCGUAGAUUACCAUGCAACUUUAGCUUGAUGCUAGGAGUAUGGCGGAAUAACUCUCUUCUACAGGAUCUGGAGCAAAUGGCGAGGGAACAGGACAAGGAGUCGGAGAAGCUGUCCAUACUGAGGGAGGUAGAAGGCCACCGGAGGCAGAUGCUGAGCAACCAGACAGCCUGGAGGAAGGCCAACCUGGCCUGCAAGCUGUCCAUGGAUAACCAGGAGAAGGAGGAGCUGAUUCAUGGAGGAGAUUCCCCCCUGAGGCAGAGAAAGAUGACCAAAGAGAGCCUGGCCCAGUCCUCCAGUGACAUCACAGAGAGCCUGAUGAGCAUCAGCCGGAUGAUGUCACAGCAAGUGCAGCAGAGCGAGGAGACGAUGAGCUCACUUGCCACGUCCGCCAGGACGGUUCUGCAGACCAACGAGGAGUUCAAGGCCAUGACCGGGACCAUCCAGCUGGGCCGCAAGCUCAUCACCAAGUACAACCGGCGCGAGUUCACCGACAAGCUCCUCAUCUUCCUCGCUCUGGCGCUCUUCCUCGCCACCGUCCUCUACAUUCUGAAGAAGCGGCUCUUCCCCUUCCUGUAGAGGACGCGAAACCCCUGACUUUCAGGUUCCGCUCCGUCUGAGCUGCUGUUUUAUCCUGCUUCUUUUGGAAAGAUAAUACCUUUUUGGCUAUUAUUUCCCCUCCCAAGUUUGUUUCUGGCUUUUAAGAGAUACAUUCCAGGCUUUUAAGAGAUUGGGUCUAGGCUUUUAAGAAAUCCAGUCCAGGCUUCAAAGAAAUCCAGUCCAGGCUUUGAAGAGAUGCAUUCCAGGCUUUUACGAAAUCCAGUCCAGGCUUUUAAGAGAUCCAUUAGUGUGUAGCUCUCACAUAUGUGGUCCAGUACUCUGUCCAGCUCCUGUCUGCACUGUUAG